AUGGCAGUUACUGGUGCUGCGUUCAUGGGGGAUAGGUUUAUCCCAAUUUCAUCUUCAUUACUGGCUUAUAAAGUGAGCUCGAAUGCAUCAAACACAGUGAUGAAUACUACUAACUUAGACCUUCUAGAAGUGAGCCAAGUUGACUUGUCACUUCGAGACGAUUCCUUCUACGGGAGGUCAAUUUUGCAACCGGAUCCCAACUCUUCCCUAGCAUCGCAGAAUUCGGCGUGUUCGUCUGUGAAAAAUGCAAACUCGUCGUCAUUUUGGAGUCCUAUGGAUCUACAUCAAGAAGUAGUUGCUGAAGCAUUGGAUUUCAAGUAUUCCUCAAGCGUGUUGAAAUUUAACACCCACUAUACCUAUAAGAAGCAACUCGGUAACAGACCCACCAAACCUCGCCAAGACUCAGACCAAAUUUCUAAAUUGAUAAACAAAUUGAAUGGAGGUAAAAAAAAGGAGCCGUGGGUGCGUUCUAUUUUAGCAAACGAUAUCUUGCAAGCUCCAGGAUUAAGAAAUGAUUAUUAUUCAAAUUUAGUAAGUUGGUCAAGCAGAACAAAUAGAGUCAUUGUUGGGCUUAGCACAAAAAUAUACGUUUGGGGAGGCGACGAUUACGUCAAGUUAGUCAGUUGCGAUAAUGAUGAGCUCAUAACGGCAAUCAGCUGUGGUCCAGUUGGAUUCUUGGUCUUGGUUGGCACGGCAAAUGGCAAGAUAUUUGUAGUUGAUCAAAAAAACGAUAGAAAUAAGGUUGUUGGGGAAUACCAAUUAGGCGAUGGUAAAUGCUUGUUUUGUUUUGCAUGGUUUGAUAACGAACGACAUUUUUUAGGUGGCGACGACAGCGGCGAAGUAUUCAUUUUCAAAAUCACAGUACUAACAUACGGCGGCGUCAAAAUAGAAGUGGUAAACAGUUUCAAAUGUCACCAACAACAAAUAUGUGUGGGUGCAAAUGAUAAUUGUUGCACGAUUUGGAACUUGCAGGAUUUGAAAGCGCCUGUACUUAAGUUUGUUUUGCCUCACAAUGCCGCCAUAAAAGCACUUUCUUAUUGUCCAUGGACAAACUCGUUGCUAGCUACUGGUGGUGGUUCCAAGGACCGUAAGAUAAGAUUUUGGCACACUACAAGCGGUACCUUACUAAAUGAAUUUUACACCGAUGGUCAAAUCACAUCAUUAAUUUGGUCUAAAUACAAAAAGGAAAUAGUGGCCACCUUUGGUUUCGGCGGUUCAACAAAAUCCAAUUUGAUGCGCGUUUAUUCCUAUCCCGAUAUGACUCCUACAGUUGAGGUAAACUCUGCUUGUAAUUUAAGGAUUCUUAGCGCUGCUACGAGUCCGGAUUUUUGUUCAAUUUGCGUUGCUUCGAAUGAUUCAACUAUUAGAAUUUACGAACUAUGGCACAUUUCUUCGGAGAUUGCUUCAAAUCCAAGUUGCAGACUUGCAGGUGCAUUUGGAAGCGAUAUAAUUGAGUUAGUUGAAGGAAUACAGAAAUCGUGCCCUAUAAUAAGAUGA